UCCGGAGCUAGCGGGCACGCGGGUUCGUCUCUGCGAGCUUCCUUCCCCUUAAGGCCGGAUCGAGUGGCAGAGACGUGGUGCACGAGGCAGCAACCUUGGAAUCAAAUCGCGGGAGACAUACCUGUUCUUCUUAGAAGGGAAAGAAGACAUCUAAGAAAAACGCUAUGGCAAAGAGAAUAAAAGCUAAGCCCACUUCAGACAAACCUGGAAGUCCAUAUCGCUCUGUCACGCACUUCGACUCACUAGCUGUCAUAGACAUCCCUGGAGCAGACACUCUGGAUAAAUUAUUUGACCAUGCCGUAGCCAAGUUUGGAAAGAAGGACAGCCUUGGGACCAGGGAAAUCCUUAGUGAAGAAAACGAAAUGCAGCCCAAUGGAAAGGUUUUUAAGAAGUUAAUUCUCGGGAAUUAUAAAUGGAUAAACUAUCUGGAAGUGAACCGCAGAGUGAAUAACUUUGGAAGUGGACUCACUGCACUGGGACUGAAGCCCAAGAACACCAUUGCCAUUUUCUGUGAGACCAGGGCUGAGUGGAUGAUUGCAGCACAGACCUGCUUCAAGUACAACUUUCCCCUCGUGACUUUAUAUGCCACACUUGGCAAAGAGGCUGUAGUUCAUGGACUAAAUGAAUCUGAGGCUUCCUAUCUGAUUACUAGUGUUGAACUUCUGGAAAGCAAACUGAAGGCGGCCUUAUUAGAAAUCAAUUGUGUUAAACAUAUCAUUUAUGUGGAUAAUAAGACUAUCAAUAAAGCAGAGUACCCUGAAGGGUUUGAGAUUCACAGCAUGCAAUCAGUAGAAGAGUUGGGAUCCAAGCCAGAAAACUCAAGCAUUCCUCCAAAUAGACCAACUCCUUCAGACAUGGCCAUUGUCAUGUACACCAGUGGUUCUACUGGCCGACCCAAGGGAGUGAUGAUGCAUCAUAGCAAUCUGAUAGCUGGAAUGACAGGCCAGUGUGAAAGAAUACCUGGACUAGGCCCAAAAGACACAUACAUUGGUUACUUACCUUUGGCUCAUGUGCUGGAAUUGACAGCGGAGAUAUCUUGUUUUACCUACGGCUGUAGGAUUGGCUAUUCUUCUCCACUUACAUUAUCUGACCAGUCCAGCAAAAUCAAGAAGGGAAGCAAAGGUGAUUGUACUGUACUGAAACCCACUCUUAUGGCUGCUGUUCCGGAAAUCAUGGAUAGAAUUUAUAAGAAUGUUAUGAGCAAGGUUCAGGAGAUGAAUUAUAUUCAGAAAACUCUAUUCAAAAUAGGAUAUGAUUACAAAUUAGAACAAAUCAAAAAAGGAUAUGAUGCACCUCUUUGUAAUCUCUUACUCUUCAAAAAGGUGAAGGCCUUGCUGGGAGGGAAUGUCCGGAUGAUGCUGUCUGGUGGGGCCCCGCUGUCUCCACAGACACACCGGUUCAUGAAUGUCUGCUUCUGCUGCCCCAUUGGCCAGGGAUAUGGACUGACAGAGUCAUGCGGUGCUGGCACAGUUACUGAAGUUACUGACUAUACUACUGGAAGAGUUGGAGCUCCUCUUAUUUGCUGUGAAAUUAAGCUGAAAGACUGGCAGGAAGGUGGUUACACAGUUCAUGAUAAGCCAAACCCCAGAGGUGAAAUCGUGAUCGGUGGGCAGAAUAUCUCCAUGGGAUAUUUUAAAAAUGAAGAGAAAACUGCAGAAGACUAUUCUGUGGAUGAAAAGCGGAGCAAAAGAAAAGGGCCAGGUGAGGCGGAUCCUUUUAACAUGGACCAGAAACAGUCUGGAGUGUUUCGGUGUCAGGAAAAGAAAGAGAUUCCUCCCAUGUAG